AUGGUUCUCUCGAAGACCGCGUCGGAGUCCGAUGUCUCGGUGCACUCCACCUUCGCCUCGCGCUACGUCCGCACCUCCCUGCCGAGGUGACCAUCUCCUCUCCUCGGAUCUGGCCGGCGACGGCCGCCGUGCCCAGAUCGGGCGGCGUCGCCGCUGCCGGUGAUGGAUCUCCGUCUGAUGGGUGGGUGCCCUCUGUGAUUGUUGCAGAUUCCGUAUGCCGGAGAACUCCAUCCCCAAGGAUGCGGCGUUUCAGAUCAUCAACGACGAGCUGAUGCUCGACGGCAACCCGCGGCUGAACCUCGCUUCCUUCGUGACGACGUGGAUGGAGCCGGAGUGCGACAAGCUCAUCAUGGCAGCCGUCAACAAGAACUACGUCGACAUGGACGAGUAUCCCGUCACCACCGAGCUCCAGGUAAACCCCCCCUCUUCCCCCCCACCCCCCGCCUUGUAGAGGAUUCUGCCGGCGAUGGCGGCGAUCCGGCGGCGCGAUUUUCCCGGUUUCUCUUCCGGGGGACUGGACCACUGGUCCGCUAUCCAACCGGCCAGCGGAGUAUCGUAACGCAACCCACCUAACGCCCGCCAAUGGCGACGGCGCCAUGAGGGUGUUAUGAGCGAAUGAGAUCUCUCGACAUAGUUCGUCCACGUGAAUGAAUCAUAUAAUAUUAGGGAGAAGUCAACAAAACGUCGCCCAUUUCUCAUUGACGUCAUAAGAAAAUAAUCCGCAUUUUUGGUUUAUUUUCUUCUUUUUAUUAUUAUAUUUAAUUAGCUUUAGCGCUGAAAAAUCUGACGCCGAGAAUUUGGCGCUGCUCAGAACCGCUGUGUGAACAUGAUCGCCCACCUCUUCAACGCGCCGCUCGGCGAGUCGGAUGCGGCGAUCGGCGUGGGGACGGUGGGGUCGUCGGAGGCGAUCAUGCUGGCGGGGCUGGCCUUCAAGAGGAAGUGGCAGAACAAGAGGAAGGCGGAGGGCAAACCCUGGGACAAACCCAACAUUGUCACCGGCGCCAAUGUCCAGGUAGGUCUCCUCCUUCCCCCUCCUCCUCCUCCUCCGGCUCUGUGUCAGCCUCUCUUUGAUGACGGGCCUCUAAUGGCCGCUCCCGCAGGUCUGCUGGGAGAAGUUCGCCCGGUACUUCGAGGUGGAGCUGAAGGAGGUGAAGCUGAGGGACGGCUACUACGUGAUGGACCCCGAGAAGGCGGUGGAGCUGGUCGACGAGAACACCAUCUGCGUCGCAGCCAUCCUCGGCUCCACCCUCAAUGGCGAGUUUGAAGACGUCAAGCUCCUGAACGACCUCCUCGAGAAGAAGAACAAGCAGACUGGGUAAUUAACAACAUCUCUUCCUGUGCGUACUCCGCCACCUCCUCUGGUGGAUGCGGCGCUGUUGCUUCAUAGCGGCUGAAGAUGUUGGGCUGGUUUCUGGGCGCAGUUGGGACACGCCGAUUCACGUGGACGCGGCGAGCGGGGGUUUCAUUGCGCCGUUCCUCUACCCCGAGCUGGAGUGGGACUUCCGGUUGCCGCUGGUGAAGAGCAUCAACGUCAGCGGGCACAAGUACGGGCUCGUGUACGCCGGCAUCGGGUGGGUCAUCUGGAGGAGCAAGGAGGACCUCCCCGAGGAGCUCAUCUUCCACAUCAACUACCUCGGGGCUGACCAGCCCACCUUCACCCUCAACUUCUCCAAGGGUCAGCUCCCCUUCCUCUCUCUUUCCUUCCUGAGGCUUGUUCACUGCCGCGACCAUAAGGUUUCGCUCACAGGCUUGACUGAUCCCAAUUCCUGCAGGUUCGAGCCAGGUGAUCGCGCAGUACUACCAGCUGAUCCGGCUGGGCUUCGAAGGGUACAAGAACAUCAUGGAGAACUGCCAGGAGAACGCGAUGGUGCUCAAGGAGGGGCUGGAGAAGACGGGGCGGUUCAACAUCGUCUCCAAGGACAAUGGGGUGCCGCUCGUGGCCUUCUCGCUCAAGGACCGGAGCCGGCACAAUGAGUUCGAGGUGUCGGAUUACCUGCGCCGCUUCGGGUGGAUCGUGCCGGCCUACACCAUGCCGCCAGAUGCGCAGCACAUCACGGUGCUGCGGGUGGUCAUCAGGGAGGACUUCAGCAGGACGCUUGCAGAGCGCCUCGUGAUCGACAUACAGAAGGUCCUCCACGAGCUCGACGGCACUCCGGCCAGAACGCCGGUGAUCUCCGCCGAGGAGAAGGCCCUCAAGACCACGAGGGAGAUCACCACCGCCUGGAGGAACCUCGUCAAGGCCCGCAAGACCGGGGUCUGCUAA